CAGGUAGAAAUGGGAAAACAAAGAAAGAGAGACGAUUAUUGGGACACUGAUGCUGCUGAUCAGGAUAGAGAGGCUGCAGAGAAGAUGGCUACUGGUGUUCAAUCUGAAAGCGAGUCAGAGUCUGAGGAGGAGGUGAAGCCUGCAAAGAAGGGUGCUGCUCCUGCUAAGAAGGCUGACAAGAAGAAACCAGCUGCCAAGAAGCAGGUGGCAUCAGAGUCAGAGUCAGAGUCUGAGGAGGAGGUGAAGAAGCCUGCUGCUGCCCCAAAGAAGGCUGCUGCUAAGAAGCCAGCCGCCAAGGCUGCUGGAAAGAAGGCUGUUGCAUCAGAGUCAGAGUCUGAAUCAGAGUCAGAGUCAGAGUCAGAAGAGGAGCCAGUCAAGAAGCCUGCACCAGCUCCAAAGAAGGCUGCGGCUAAGAAGCCAGCCGCCAAGGCUGCUGGAAAGAAGGCUGUAGCAUCAGAGUCUGAAUCAGAAUCAGAGUCAGAGUCAGAGUCAGAAUCAGAGGAGGAGGUGAAGAAGCCAACUGCUGCACCAAAGAAGGCUGCUGCUAAGAAGCCAGCCGCCAAGGCUGCUGGAAAGAAGGCUGUCGCAUCAGAGUCUGAAUCAGAAUCAGAGUCAGAGUCUGAAGAGGAGCCAGUAAAGAAGCCAGCGGAGUCAGAGGAGGAGACAGGAGGCGAUGCAAAGAAAUCAACACCAGCAGCACCAACAACAGCGUCGGCCAAGAAGAAGGCCGCCGCCAAGAAGAAGGCCGAGGAGAAGAUCUCUGGCUUCCUGCUGAAGCAGCGUGAGGCUGAGGAGAAGAAGAGAAUCGAGGACGAGGAGAAGAAGAAGAAGGCUGAGGAGCUGGCCAGACUCGAGGCCGAGCGCGAGAAAGAGGAGGAGGAGCAGCGAAAGUUAAAGGCCGCAGAGAAGGCCAAGAGAAAGGCAGAGAAGAAGAUUCAAGAGCAGGAGUCACUGAACGAGAAGGCGAGAAUCGAGAGACUCGAGAGGCUGAAGGCCGCCGUCAUCGAGGAGAAGAAGAAGGUCGUCUACGCCAAGAAGAAGCCCAACAAGGCCAACAAGCAGGAUUCAAGCGUCAGCGCAAUCACACAGGCAGUCAGCGAGGUCAAGAUUGAGGAGGAGCAGCCCAAGCCCGCCGAGGAGGUUUUGGCAAGCUGGGACGACGAGGACUGGGAGCCCAUCGACGAGAUCAAGAAGCGACAGGAGGAGGAGGAGCAAAAGAAGCGUGAGGAAGAGGAGGAGCGACAGAGACUGGAGAGGGAGGCGCUGAAGAAGAAGAAGGACAAGGAGACCAAGAAGGCCAACAAGGCCAAGGCUGCCGAGACAAGCACAUCAACCACAUCGACAGGCGACGAUUCAAAGCCAGCCGAGCAAGAGCUGCGUUCACCCAUCCUUUGUAUCCUGGGUCACGUCGAUACUGGAAAGACAUCGCUGCUGGAUAAGAUCCGUCACACCAACGUCCAGGCUGGUGAGGCACGUGGUAUCACUCAGCAGAUUGGUGCCUCGUUCAUCCCCGUCGACACGAUCAAGGAGCAGACCAAGACAUUCGCCGACAAGCUCGGCAUGAACUUCAAGCUGCCCGGUCUGCUGCUGAUCGAUACACCAGGUCACGAGUCGUUCAACAACCUGCGUUCCAGAGGUUCGGGUCUGUGUGACCUGGCCAUUCUGGUCAUUGAUAUCAUGCACGGUCUGGAGGCCCAGACCAUCGAGUCGAUCAAUCUUUUGCGUAUGCGUAAGACGCCAUUCGUCGUCGCGCUCAACAAGGUGGACAGAAUCUACGAUUGGAAGACCUACAUCAACACCGACAUCAAGGAGAGUCUCAAGCUGCAGACCAGAAGUGCGCAGCAGGACUUUGAGUCCAAGUGCAAUGACACCAUCGCACAGCUCGCCGGUCAGGAGCUCAACGCCCAGCUCUACUGGAAGAACAAGGAUUACAAGAAGGUCGUGUCGCUCAUCCCAACAUCCGCCGUCUCUGGUGAGGGUCUUGCCGACCUCAUGCUCGUCGUCGUCCAGCUGAUGCAGAAGAUUAUGGCUGAGAAGGUCACCUACAAGUCAUCACUCCAGUGUACCGUUCUUGAAGUUAAGGCAAUUGAAGGUUUGGGCACAACGAUCGACGUUGUGUUGGUCAAUGGUGUGCUGAAUGAGGGAGAUAAGAUUGUGGUCAGUGGAUUUGGUGCGCCAAUCGUUACCACUAUCAGAUCACUGCUGACGCCACCACCACUCAGAGAAACACGUGUCAAGAGUACACUCAUUCCGAACAAGUCGGUCAGAGCAUCGAUGGGUGUGAAGAUCGUUGCUGCCGGUCUGGAGAGGGCCGUCCCAGGUACCUCGCUGGUCGUGGUCGAGGACGAUGACGAUCUGGAACGUCUGAAGGACGACGCUCAAAGAGAAGUCGACUCUGUGCUACAAGAUGUCGUCACCACCGGUGUUGGUGUCUCUGUGCAGGCCUCCACACUCGGUUCACUUGAGGCCUUCUUGGCAUUCCUCAAGAAGAUCAAUGUGCCCGUUGCAUCCGUCGCCAUUGGACCCGUGCACAAGAAGAACAUCAUGGACGCAGCGAUCAUGGUCGAGAAGGACCCCAAGUAUGCAAUCCUGUUGGCCUUUGACGUCAAGAUUGAGGAGUCGGCACAGCAGGCCGCUCACGACAUGAAGAUCACCAUCAUGAGCGAGGAGACCAUCUAUCUGUUUGAGAAGCGUCUGGACGACCACUUUGGCGCCAUCAAGGAGAGACUGAGGACUGAGACCGCUGGCGCAUGCGUGUGGCCAUGUUUGGUGGAUGUCAUCAGCGUCUUCCGAAACAAGGAUCCAAUCCUGGUUGGUCUGCGUAUCAAGGAGGGCACCCUGCGUAUCGGUACACCCAUCUGUGUGCCAAUGGUGCCCGGACAGCCACCCAUCGAUGUCGGUGUCGUCCAGUCGAUCAAGCUGAACGAGAAGGAUAUUCUGGUGGGCAAGAAGGACGACGAAGUGUCCGUGGCCAUUGAUGAUGCCAAGACAACAACAACACUGGGUAGACAGUUCAAUGAGAAGAAGCAAUGGUACUCCAAGAUCACUCGUGAGUCAAUCGAUGCACUCAAGGCAGGCUGGGGCGAUGAGCUGACCAAGCAAGAUGUUGCACUGAUCAAACAUAUGAAGACAGUAUUUAAGAUCCAAUAA